GUCCGCCACAGAUCCAUCCACAGGGGGGGGCCUCCCUCCCUGGUACAUAAAUACUAUAUUACUUUAUAACUGAUUGUGGGUUUAUUUGGUGAACCGGUACCCCAUAGCGCGUAAACCUGUGCACACAACCAGAGAGCUGAGCACUCACCGGAGGCGUUGCGCAGGGCUCCGGCCUGCCUUUGAAGGUGAGACCUAUGGGGCUGACAGGACGACGAUAGCGCCGGCGCUUCGUUAGUUUUAGCAGUUAGCAGGAUACUUUAGGACCCUUGUUGAGCUUUAGGACCCUUACUCUUUUAUGUCUUCCUCUGGUUGUCUUUUUUCUAGUUAGGUCGGCUCCACCACAAAAUAUAUAUAUAUAUAUGUAUAUGUAUAUAUGCAGAACUUUAGGAGGAAGCGAAACGAUAGGAGUAAACACAUGAACCAAACAUAAGUCGGAGCGUUAACCAGUAGCGAACGACGCGCGUAAGUGCGUCGCAGUCAUACAAUUCUAAUACAAUUAAAUAAGGGCGGGCUCGCAUAAUUUGAGCAUAAUUGGGCGAGCAAUCUAAGGGAGCGCCCACAGAUUCACGCGACGGAUUCUGCUCCAAAUCAAUGAGAAACGACAGAACUAUCAAGCGCGGCGUGGAGCAGUGGGGGCCGCGAAUAGGAUGGCAAUGCGCGGCAUGUUGCAGAUUUUCACGGCGUCGAGAAUGUUCGCGAUUAUUUGACUGCGGCGCGUACUUCAUGAGUAUCGUCAGUCCUCGCGGGCGAGUUGUUUGCUUCGACGCGCUUGUGCAACAGGCAAGAAAAUCAAACACGUCCAGCGAUGCGUAGCGACUGUAUCAAAAGCGUAGGAGUUUGGAGAUAGCGGCCGGACUGUCAACGUUAUACAGAUUCAGCAAACCGAUAAAAAACGGGGAGGGGGGAGGCAGCAACGCCAUGGAUGGACUUGAAUGCGAAGCGAUGGAGUAAGUACAUCGCCACGCCAGUGCGCUGCGAGUCAAGUCCGGCGCGUCUUAGUCGCUUAAUUACUUAGCGAAACAACCCCAAAGCCCAGACUUUUGCAUGGCUCAACCCUCCACAGAUGUCCAGUAAGUAACUCAAACAGGUGGGCGCAGUGUGGAUCCUUCUGAGCGCCUAAACUCUCAAAAUUUGCAAGGCUGUGGCUUAAAGCCUCAACAGAUAGCCAGCAAAUAGCUCAAACAGAUUAGCGCCGCGCAGGCUUCUCAGUUCUCAUCUCAAUGCAGCAGCUGCAGCAUGGCCCCGAACUCGAGCUCGACCAGACAACCCCCAUGCCCUUUUCUUUGAAAAGCGCAGCGAACCAGAACCCCAAACAGAUCGCAAGCAAACGGCUCUGACAGAUUGGCGCGGGGUCGUGUGGACUUCUCUCGCAUCGGCGUCGUGUGAACUUCUCCCCACAGGCAGCCCAAUACUCUCAACAGAAUCGCCACCCAAUACGCUCGACAGAUUUCAUUCCGAGCAGAGUAUCUACGAAGCAAAUUGUGCCAACGACCUACGAACACGCUGGAAAGGCUUGCAAUACUCUCAGCGGGCUAUCCUCUCAACUCUCUCGACAGACUACUCUCCCAGCAGAGUAGAGGCCUCAGAACACCUUCAACAGACUACGCCAUCCCCUCAACUCGCUCGACAGACUACACCUUCGACGGCCUGUCUAUGACGUAAAUCUAAACUGUGCUAACGACCUUCGUAUCUUUUGCGAUUUCGAACCAUUUCACGAGUUUCGCUCUAAAGCUAAACCGACUGCAGAACGAUAGACGAAGACACGAUCCAGGAAACUUUUCUCGGGAUAGGAAUAAACACACAGAACAGGCAGAACUGCGCACGAUUUUCACAAUUCGGGGCGGCGUUGGUUCCUGUCGUCGCGUUUCUCUCUAUCGUCGGGGUCGCUCGGUGUCAGGAUAGGAAUAAACACAACGAGAACGGUGGUGGAUGUUUAUUCCUAUCGCGUUACGCUCUAAAAUUCUGCGUAUAUAUAAUUAUAAAAUAAGGAUGAGAAAACUAUAUCUAGCGUCGUGAUCUUGCAUCCUUUGAUGAGGAACUUACAAUGAGUUUAUCAUCGACGAAGUAGUAGUACGGUUCGUAUUGUUUCUAACUGCAACGAUUGCCCUCGUUUUACUCCUUGGGUGGAGGAAGUGACUGUAAACCACUUGAAAUUUAAGAAUGAAUUAUUUACCUUGAACAAGGAAGAUCAUUAUUCAUUAGAUACAUAGAAGAAAGCGACUGGGUAUGAGAUUCAGAGCGACCUACUAAAGAAGAAAAUCAGCAUUCUUCUCCUCUUUCCCUUUUAUUGGUAGAGGGAACUAGGAGCCAGGUCUGGUAGAGUGGGUCAGGAAGUAAGUCAAAAACUCUGGCAACUAAUCUCUUUGUCAUAAAUAGACUCAGACAUACGGGAGGCAGAUCAUUCAUCAUUGCACAAGAAUACUUACUUUUAGACUCCACGACACUAGAUAUCCAAGUGAAAUAGUAUAAAAGUAGUCUCUUUCUCUAAGCUCUUAAGUUGAUGUACAUGAUCACGAUAUCGCCCUUUCGUGAUUUUUGAGGUCAGAAGCUAUCGAAGAAAGGGGGUAGUUGAUAUUCGACAUGCGUCCUUGAGUUCCCGCGUGGAGAAAUCUUCUAUAUACACGUGAAUAUGAAUGCGACAGAUGGUAGGCGCGCUGCGUGCGAAUAGUGACAGAUGGUAGGCGCGCUGCGUGCGCGGAACGUGUGCGGCGAUAGGGUCGCGCGCGAGCAUAAUGAUGAUAAUUGUGUCGCCGUCAUGAUAGUUCGCGUUUGGGAAACAGGAGCGACGGACGAAGGAGCAAACCUCUAUUAUUUCAACAAAAAUUAUCGAUCAUUUGCAUUUCGGGUCUCGAAAGUGAAAGGAUUUGAGUUUUUUGGUCAUCCUCGGGCUCAGAUGAAACACAGUAGGACGCAAGGGGAGCGAUGCGGUCUUAUUUCACUUGGCUAA